AUGUUUUCAAGUUUAGUUUGUAAUACAAAUUGUAUUUUUUCCAAGUUGAUUUUUUAUUUUCAACUUGAGAUUCUUGGCUCUCGUGUGCUUAUUCAAUCCGGAAAUGAAACUAAAACUGUUUUACAAGGAGGAGAAUGCAAAGUUGAAGGGGUUAAACAAUUCCAAAUUAGACAGCCAGGGACAGAUAAAGUGCUGUUUAGUGCUCGCCACCCACUCGUUUCCAUCGACAGACGAAUCAAAAAAAUAUCUUCAGGACACAUUAUUACUAAUAAAUUGAGAUCUCCAAUAGAUGAAUCUAUUCAUAUAACAGCUGAAGAUUUGGGGUUAAGAGGGAAUGAACGGAUUCAACUGGAGGCUAAAGCAAUUAAUUUUACAGCAAAAACAGGCAUUCGAUUUUCUACUACGGUGAGGAUGAAUAAACUUAAUAUACUUAAGUAUAUAAAAAUAAACUUGAACCACAAACUUGGAUUUUAA